UUGUCUGGGCAGAGCAGCUCUGCAACGUGCACUGAUAAAGAACAGUCCCAGCGAGGGGCCUGGCUGGCUCCAGGCCGAUAAGGGCUGGGAUAACCCUCAUCCCUCACGCCUUCCCCUCGGCAGUGGCCGGGAUUCACUCCUGACAUGGGACACAGGAUGAGGCAGUGGCAUUGUGACAGUCCAGGUGUCACCCACACAGCUGCUGUGUGUCUAUGGUGCUCAGAGGUUGUCUGGGUCCUUGAAGUCUCUGGACGAGGCCCUGUGGGAUUUUCCAGCUUCGUGGAAUAUCAGGAGAUGCCUUUGGGCUGGGGCCAGGCUCUGUUUGCCAACUCUUUGGGUGACGCUGGGGUAACUCAGCCCCGAGAGCGCAGAGGUGCCUGUGCAGGCACCUCUUUUGGGAUGAUCUAGGUGUUUUCCUGCAUCCUGCCUCGGGAUGCUUCCCGGCUCGGGGAACCAUAAAAGGCAAAGCACAGGGCAGCGGCUGGGCUGGGAGCUGGGCUGGGAGCUGCGGCUCACUGCAAUGCCAGGCAUCCCAGCUGUGUACAAAUGGAUUAGAGCCCUCCAGCUCUCCGGCUCCACCGCCAUCCGGAGGGUUAUCCAAAGGGAGCAAUGCUCUGCUCGGGGGGUUAUUUAGAGAAGUGCUUGAUGCAUUAAUAGGGAUUUUUGAUAAGUUGUGUUUUGGAGUUUCUGCAGGGAAAGUUGUGUCUCAGGCUGCUGUCGGGCUCCCGUGUUUAUCUCGGGCAGCCGGUCUCUGUCACAGCAAUUCCCUUUUCCAUAACGUAUUCCCGCAGAUCAUUCCAGCCGCUCCGGCUCUGCCCCGCGCGCUCUGUGCAGGCAGCAUCUCUCCCUCAGGCUCUGGGACGCAGCCCAAGGCUGAGUGCUGCUUCCAAGGAAGGAGCACCGGGGGAGCCGCUCCGCAUCCCACGGGCGCGGGGCAGGGAGGAGGGAGCAGUGCCCGGGGCACGGAUGCAGGGUUCCUUCUCUCUGUGGAGCCCACAAGGAGCUGGCAGAGGUGAUCCUGCCCAGACAGCCUGGCAGUAAAUCCCUCUGGAAGCUGCAGAGUUGGAGGCAAGACAGGAUUGCUGCGCAGGACUGUGGGGAGCUGUUGCUGGAGUAGGUCGGGGAAAGAGGAGAAUCCCUGGAGAAGGAUGCAGAUGGGAAGCAAGUCCUGAGUGUGAAGUGCCAUGGACCAGCAAAUUAGCAGCUGGAGGGGAUUUUUCCAGUUAUCCAGGUGGGAUGUGUUUGGGUAGGGACCAGCGUGGCAUCAGCCGUGCUGGGUGUGGCGUCAGGAGUGGCAGAGCAGGGGCUCCGUGGUGCCAAUGGGAUGUUCCUCUCCGCUGGCCAUGAGGCCAAGGAACGCCGGUUCACAUGACCCAGGCUCCGACGCUUCCAAGUGCCGCCGUCUCCCGGAGCAGAGCGAGGAGGAGGCGGUGCUGAAAGCCCGCCGAGACCCAAGGUGGGAAAAAUCUUGGCUGGCCAGUCCCGAAGCAUUUGGAAGGAGGAAUUAUAGUGACAGAUCUCCCGGCCAUGGAAGCCUCCACCUGGCAGUACCGUGGAUAUUUACGGGAUGACACAAGUAAGGCGAGGGGGAGAGGCUGCCCAGCUUCCCGGGGAGACUCUGCAGGCACCUGUGAGGAUUAUCCACUGCUGCAGCUCAGCCAGGAGGGCCUGGGACACAGCCGGGAGCGGGGGGACCGCCCCGACCUCCGGAGCGACACCGCAGGCCCUGCCAAGAGGUCAGAGAUGAGCAGCAGCGGGCAGAGAGGGCAGUGGGGGCCGGCAGGGGAGCUGUGCCUGGAAGAGCAUCCCGUGUCCAAAGGGUGCAGGAGAGGGCGGGAGGGAGAAGCCCCUCCAAAGGUGUACGAGCUGGAGGUGGUGCCCAGGCGGGUGGGCACGGGCAGGACGGUGAGGCCGGUGGUCUACAGGCUGGAGGAGAGCGAGUACCGGCGCCUCAUCCAGGAGGCAGAAACGGAACCCGAGGAGGAAUGGGAAGAGGCAGAGGACGCGCUACCCUUGAUUCAGGAGGGCUGUGCAGGGGAUGGGAAGGUGGCAAGCCCGAGCCUCAGCAGGCUCAACUCCUUGGAAAGAGUCCUGAGGAGGCAGAUGAGCCGCUCGGACUCGGAAAGCAGCGUGGAGGGCAGGCAAGCGACCAAACUGAGCCCCAAGGGCCCCUCGGAGGGGAACAAACCGACCGUGCCCGUCAGGUCCGACAGCUUCGAGCGCAACGCCAUCCUCAUGGAUUACAUCCUGCAGAGCAAGCCGGAGGCAGGCACACCUGUCUCCUACAUCCCCAGGGACAGCAGCAGGGACAGCCUGAGGCAGGCACGGAGCUUCGCCCCCCAGCCCGACGGGACACUUGACCUGUGCCAGAACGGCCAGGCCAGCGAGGAGGAUCCGGCCAGGAAGCCCGAGCCAGACCAGCAGGUAGUGAAGAGCCUCGAGAGAAUGGUCCCUGCGGUCACAAAUUAUCCCUCGGUGGCCAGAGACACCGGGAAGCUUUCGAGACAGAGCAGCAGCCAGCUCCCGGACAGCCGGGAGCAGCUCGGAGGUGAAGCUGAUGAACUCGAUUCCUACAUCCCGAGAAGAACCCCCCCGGCCCCCCCUGUCAGGAGCCACAGCAAGGAGAGCCUGGCUCUGAGUAUGAGCAAGGCUGUGGCGCUGACGGAGGCGCUGCUGGAGCCCCUCGGCGACGAGGCCAAGGCUGGCAGGGAGCAGCGGGCAGCGGCGGGCACGGAGCUGCUCCCGGGAGGCAGGACUGCGGGAGGAGGGGGCUCGGAGGAGCCGGAGCGGAAGGGGAGGCAGAGUCAGGAGGAUGAGAAUGUGCUUAAAGUUGCCGAUGCCAAGAAAGCCUUCGAAAAGCCCAAGGCGUCGGAGGGGACGGCAGCAGCACCAGCGCCCAAAAAAGCACCUUUGGUCCAACCUGAUCCUAGCCAGCAGGGAGAGAAACAGAAGGAGAUGGGAAAAGAAUUCCAAAGUGCUUGAAUAGUGAGGCUCUGUGAUCAGUGCCCAGGAACCCAACACCCAGCCCUGGCUUCUUCCCCGCCUGCCUGAUUUUUUUCCUGCUUUUCAGGAUGAUAGGAAUUGUCAAUCCCAGCAUAUUCAUGUUGUAAAUAAAAUACA